AUGACGCACACUAAGUCUCUCCCCGAUGAAGAGGCCAUCCGGCCCGACGAGCAGACGCCGCUUCUCGGCAAUGGAGCAGGCCAAGGAGAUCGCUCGGUCUCCGAAACCCACCGGGUGGAUCCCCGAAUCGCACGCCGGCUCUACUUAUCGCACUUCCUCUCGACUUGGAAUUCUCGGAUGUUCGAGUUUGGCGCUGUGCUGUACCUGGCGACCAUAUUUCCGGGUACACUGUUGCCCAUGUCGCUUUAUGCGCUUGCCAGGGGAUUAUCGGCUCUCGUUUUCGCGCCUACAGUUGGACAGUACAUUGAUAACAAUGACCGGUUGAAAGUUGUCCGCGCAUCCAUUGUCUUCCAACGACUUGCAGUAUCAGCAUCAUGUGUCUUAUUUUACGUCCUCUUCAUUAGGCUGCCGUUGGGCGACUGUGGACGUUCGGCUUUGCUUGCGCUCCUCUCAUUGAUGGCCUGUGCCGAAAAGCUUUACUCCAUCGUGAACAUGGUUUCAGUGGAGAAAGACUGGGUUGUUGUCAUCGCCAAAGGUGACAUCGAAGCUCUAGCAAUUCUCAAUGCGCAGAUGCGCCGCAUCGAUCUUCUCUGCAAACUACUCGGGCCACUGUUCAUCGCUCUUAUUGACGGAUUAUCCACAAAGGCAGCGAUUAUCGUCAACUUCUCCAUGAAUACCGCUUCUGUUGCUGUCGAGUACUAUGCCAUUGCCAAGAUCUAUGACGAGGACCCUGAUUUGCAGGAGCCUAAGUCUAAGCCAACGUCUACCUCCGAAACAAUGGCAGCAUCGGCGAAUCCUGGCAUGAAGCUCCUGAGCCAUAUCAAGAAGUCCGCAUCCGACUUCAAUUUCUACUUUGGCCAUCGCGCAUUCUUGCCAUCGUUUGCCUGCUCUCUACUAUACCUCACGGUACUGAGCUUUGGAGGCCAGAUGGUCACGUACUUGGUCGCAUCAGGUUUCAACACAACAUACAUCGGCAUUGCAAGAACAAUCAGUGUGGUUUUCGAGGUGUUGGCGACUUGGGUUGCGCCUUGGCUCGUGGGUCGAAUUGGACAAGUACGCGCUGGCCUUUGGAUGAGCAAUUGCCAGGUUCUUCCUCUGAUAGGCGGCUUGGUGGCUUUCUGGGCCUUUAUGCCGAACUCCCUCAUAUCGGCAAGCAGCCUCGUGAUCGGAGUCAUUAUUAGCCGUCUUGGUCUUCGCGGUUUCGACCUUUGUACUCAAAUCAUCGUCCAAGAGGAAGUCGAAGCCGAGAGCCGUGGCAGAUUCUCGACAGUCGAGGCAGCCUGGCAAAAUGCGUUUGAGCUACUUUCAUACAUGGCGACAAUAAUCUUCUUCCGGCCUUCGCAAUUUAAUUGGCCGGCACUGGUUUCUGUUGCGGCCGUGACUUCUGCAAGUCUGGCGUACACGCUCUUCGUGUGGAAGAGGAGAGGGCAUCUAAUUCAUUUUGAGAAAUUUGGACUGUAG